UCCCCCAAGAACUACUUAUGGGAAGGUCUAAAAUGUAGCUAUCCUAUAAAUGAGUCCCCAAGAAUCAUAUCAUUGGACUUGUCCUCGAGUGAAUUAACUGGGGAGACAGCUCUUUCUUUAUCCAAUCUAUCAAUGAUACAGUCUUUGGAUCUAUCAAACAACAACUUAACAGGACCGAUUCCAGAUUUUUUGUCUCAGCUGCCAAACUUAACCAUCAUAAACUUGGAGAACAACAAGCUCACAGGCUCAGUUCCAGUCGGACUUAUUGAAAGAAGGAGGAAUGGUUUACUAUCAUUAAGUUUGUGUGGAAAUCCAAAUCUAUCUGGAAAUUUUUCUUGCAAAAAGAAGAACAAUUUCAUUAUACCCAUAGUAGGAUCCGUCGUUGGAAUUUUUUGCCUCUUAUCUGUAGCAGUAAUCUGCUGGUGCUUGAAAAGGAAAACAGAAGAUGGUAAGAAUUCCAAAUUUCAAAAAAACCAACAGUUUACAUACUCUGAGAUCCUCAAGUUCACUAACAAUUUGGAGAGGACCCUUGGUAAAGGUGGAUUUGGAACAGUUUACCAUGGAUAUAUUGACAAACUUCAAGUAGCUGUCAAGAUGCUUUCUCCAUCAUCAAUUCAAGGGUUUCAAGAAUUUCAUGCAGAGGUUAAUCUUCUUAUGAGAGUUCAUCACACGAACUUGACAAGCCUUGUUGGAUAUUGCAAUGAUGAAAACAAUAUGGGGCUCGUCUAUGAGUACAUGGCCAAUGGAAACUUACAAGAACAUCUUUCAGAUAGCAGUUCAAAUAUUUUGGGCUGGGAAGAUAGGCUUAGAAUAGCAGCAGAUGCCGCACAAGGAUUGGAGUAUCUGCACUAUGGUUGUAAGCCACCUAUAAUUCACAGGGAUGUGAAAUCAGCAAACAUCUUGUUAACUGAGAACUUCCAAGCCAAAGUAUCUGAUUUUGGCCUAUCCAGAAAUUUCCCUACAGAUGGUGGAACUCAUAUAUCGACAGUUGUUGCUGGAACUCCCGGGUAUCUUGACCCUGAGUACUACUUAACAAGCAGGUUAAACGAGAAAAGUGAUACUUAUAGCUUUGGGAUUGUGCUGUUGGAGAUCAUCACAAGUCGACCUGUUAUAACAGGAACGCUUGAGAGGAUUCACAUUAGCCAAUGGGUUGGUUUCAUGCUUGCGCAAGGUGACAUUAACAGUAUUGUUGAUCCGAGAUUAGAGAGAAAUUUCAAUGUCAACUCUGUCUGGAAAGUUGUGGAGAUAGCAAUGGCAUGCGUGUCUCCAAACGCCACCAAAAGGCCAACGAUGAGUCAGGUACUGAUGGAACUGAAGGAGUGCAUGGCCACGGAAGAACUGUCUCAGAAAAAGCAGAUGGGAUAUGAAACUGAAUUAGGAGAACCAGUUGAGAUGGUGUCUCUAAAUGAUUCUAUCAGAAUGCUACGUCCCUCAGUUAGGUAGUAGAUCGAGGUGGUGGUGGUAGUACUGAUGUCGAUAAAAUAAUGAGAAUUGGAAUUUCACGAUUCGACCCUGCAGGACUUUUAGUCCCUCCUAUGAACUCUUUGUAUUGUAUUAUGCGUGAACUGCAAUCAA